AUGAGUGGUGGAGUUGUGGUUAGUGAUGGAAGAGUGCUAAGGUCGCGAAAGAGAAUUUGUGAAGAAGUUGUAGUUCCUAGUACGCCUAGGAAGAAGCCAGUUCGUCGCAAUGUGAUCCCAUUGACCCCUCCUAGUAGUAUGGAGAAGGUUGAAAAGGUUGUGCAGCCUACGCUUUCUCCAGUGAGGUUGGUUUUUGGCAAGAGCUCCGUGUAUUCCAGGACAAAGGCGUUGUUACAGAGGUCUUCUGGGGUUUUCACAGAGGCAGAGGGGUUCCUGCCGACUAGACAAGUUCAGCAUUCAAGAAUUCUGGAGUUCUUGAAUAGGACCGUCGGUGGCCACGUGAGCAGUUCCUUAUACAUAACGGGUCCGCCUGGUACUGGAAAGACAGCUCAAGUCGAGGCUAUUGUGAGGGAUAGGUUCGUUCCGGUCAGUGACAAAGAUCUUUCAAAUGCUCGUACGUAUCGUUUGCCCAACGGAGUGGUCGAGAGAGUGGCUGUUUCUUCGAUAAACUGUAUUGCUAUCAAUGAUCCAUCGACAAUCUUCAAUAAGAUCUAUAUGUCGCUAGUAUCGAACCCAGAGCCUGGCGCUACUGUGAGAACGAUGUCAGAUUUACAAAAGUUCCUGGAGACUUAUUCUGGUACGACGAGUUUUUUGGUUAUCCUAGAUGAAAUGGAUAAAUUGGUUCAUUCAAAUUUGAACGAUACAAACUCUACAAAGACCAUAUUUGAACUUUUCUUAUUAGCCAAAUUGCCAUCUAUUAGAUUCACGCUGGUUGGGAUUGCUAAUAGUCUCGAUAUGAAGGAUCGUUUCCUAUCGCGUUUAAAUUUGAGACAGGAUCUGUUGCCUGAGACUCUGGUUUUCCAUCCUUAUACGCCCGAUGAGAUGUAUGAGAUUGUUAUGAACCGUCUGAAAAGGGUUGCCGACGAGGAGUGUGUUUUCAAUCCAAUGGCUAUAAAAUUCGCAGCAAAGAAAUGUUCCGGGAAUACUGGUGAUUUAAGGAAAGUCUUUGAUGUGUUAAGGAGUAGUAUUGAGGUGGUGGAGUUGCAAGUGAUCGCAUCGAAACUAAGGGAUAAGGAAACCAACUCAUCCUCGAUACAAAAAGUUGGUUUGCCUCAUGUCGCGAAAGUAUUUGCACAGUUCCUGAAUACCUCUUCCACAAGGUCCAGAGUCAGCAAGUUGAACGUUCAACAGAAGCUUAUCCUUUGUGCUAUUGUCCAUAGAGAAAAAACUGACAUUUUUCAGGCACAUUGUUCGCUAGAUGACACUUACGACUACUACAUGAACUUAUUGACUGGUAAGAACGCGUUGGCCCCUCUUAAACGCAACGAGUUCUUGGAGACAUGUAAUGCAUUGGAAACAUGUGGCGUGACGACUAUCUUCCAGGGAAGAUCAAGAGGCAAGACAAGACAUGUAGUAAGAAUGAUAAAAUCCUCAGUUGACGAAAAAGAAUUCCAAGAAGAAAUGAGCAAAAUUGAGAUCCUAAGAUCUUUCUUAACAAAAUGA